AACUGCACCACAGCCGCUGUUGCUGAAUCGUUGCGGCAAUAAACGGAGCUGUAGAGAAGAGCAGACCUACAACAUCCGGGCAAUAGUCAGCUUGCGCAGAAACGGAAUGGCGGAGGUGGGUGAUAAGCAUCUAAACAUGAAUGCAGAACUUGCAGCCUAGUGGAGCAUGGAGGAGAUACAACAAUGAAGGCCCUCGUCUGGAGAAGGAGAAGUCUUAACGGGUUUUAGAGGAGCUGGAGGAGGAGAAGAGUCCUCGCUCCAUGAAGAUGGCAGCACCAUCCCACACCGCCAGUGAGCUUCCCUUGGAGGAGCUGCUGGCUUUCUAUGGCUAUACAGUAUCAGAUCCAGAGAAGGAGACCUGUCACAUGGCUGCCAGUUUGCCAGACAUGACACUGGACAAGGAUCAGAUAACUGAGGAUCUCUUCCCUGGGGAGGAGGAAGAAGAAUCAUUAGCCGACGAUCUCACCCCCUCAGUCACCUCAAACACCUCAGAUCUGCUUUGCCGCCUCCAAGGUGGAGACAAAGACACAUUAGUCAGCUCAUCAGACGAGGACUCUGAUGCCUCUGUUCCAGCCAAUGAAGAGCACAAGGAGAUCAUGGUUGGCUCCAUGUACCAGGCAAAAAUCCCCCCAAUCAGCCCGUAUACCUACCAGGAAAGAGCCUACAGCAGUGAAGACCAGUUGCUGUGGAGGCCAGGGGUUCUGCCAGUACAUGAAGUGGAAGAGUUCUUGCUGAAUGCACAGAGACCACAUAGCCAGGAGGAGGCAGUAAGCACAGAAGGGGUCAUUGUCCAAGACAAUGAACAGGCACUGUAUGAGUUAGUGAAAUGCAACUUCAAUGUAGAAGAAGCACUGAGGCGAUUCAGUUUCAACGUGAAAGUAUUCAGUGAAGAGCUGUGUUCCUGGAGUGAAGAGGAGUGUAGGAACUUUGAGCAUGGUUAUCGAGUUUAUGGGAAAAACUUCCACCUUAUUCAGGCUAAUAAGGUACGAACGCGCUCAGUGGGCGAGUGUGUGGAGUAUUACUACAUGUGGAAGAAGUCUGAGCGUCACAUGUACUUUACCCAGCAUGCUACCAGGCUGAGCCGCAAGAAGUACAACCUGCAAUCAGGGAGCAUGGAGGAUGGAGACCAGGACGGGGAGGUUGUGGAACUGGAGGGAAGCAACAGUUCCUCAGGGUUGUUGUCUCACAGCUCCAUGGGCACAGGGCAGUUGGAGUCCCCAUUACCUCCACAGUCCAACCUGGACCAGGACAAACAAGAAGAGGAGGGCCGCCCCAGGCGCAGACGAACUCCCCGUUUUCUCUUAAAGCCAUGACCUCAGUCCACUCAGGCCACAGACAGCAGGUUGAGCAGCCUGCAGAUGGUGAGCUGAUGAUGGGCUUGUCUGAGCUGUGUGGUGAUGAAUGUCCUCAGCAGCUGUUUGGAUGUCACUUCUCUCUCCCGCCCAUAGACAACCUGCAGGAGUCUGGCUCAGAUAGUUGUUGUCCUUCAGCUCCA